AUGACACUUGUCGGUAAAUCACUGCAAGACUUGAAUAAAGGUGGACCAGGUGGACACAUGACAAUUGGGUGUGCAAUCUCAUGCGGUAUUCAGUGCUUGGAAGCACUUGAAGGUAGAGACAACUGUGCAACUGAGACGCUGUCAAAGAGUUUCUGUUUGCUGCGUUUUUCAGAUCUUCAUAACAUCGGGUACUUACACCGUGAUGUGAAACCUGACUUGAAUAAAGGUGGACCAGGUGGACACAUGACAAUUGGGUGUGCAAUCUCAUGCGGAAUUCAGUGCUUGGAAGCACUUGAAGGUAGAAACAACUGUGCAACUGAGAUGGUGUCAAAGAGUUUCUCUUCGCUGCGUUUUUCAGAUCUUCAUAACAUCGGGUACUUACACCGUGAUGUGAAACCUGGCAAUUAUACUAUAGGAAGAGCUGAGCUUCGCGAGUUGCGAAAAAUUUAUAUUCUGGAUUUUGGAAUGUGUAGGAAGUUUACCAAUGAUCAGUCUACCUACUGUGCAAAAUUCUUCACAAAACAUAGCUCUAACACGAGUUUUGACCUUAGGAAAGACGACUGCGAAACUUGGGUGUAUAUGUUAGUGGAAUUUACAUAUGGACGUCUUCCUUGGAAAGAAAUUCAGGACAUGAAUCAGUAUGACCUUAGGAAAGACGACUGCGAAACUUGGGUGUAUAUGUUAGUGGAAUUUACAUACGGACGUCUUCCUUGGAAAGAAAUUCAGGACAUGAAUCAGGUUCCGACUAUUAUCUAA